AUGGAGAGAUUACUAGAUCUAGGAACUGUGGUAGCCAUAGAAAAUAUGGGCCUUAUGAAGACAUUUGACAAAGUUUGUCAUAAUAUUCCUGAGGAUGAUAUGAAUCAGUAUAAAGAUAACUGGAUGUCUCCUGAAGAAAAAGUUUGUAAGUACUGUGGAGUCAGCUAUCUGAUCCUUCACGAGUUUAAGGCUAUGGAAGAAAAAGUGAAGGCGAUGGAAAAAGAGAUGAAAUUUUAUCAAGGAAGUGUAGACCGUGAAAAGAGACUUCAAGAAAAGCUACGGUCUCUUAGUCAAGAUUUUGAACAGCACAAAAUUGACAAUGAAUCCAAAACAGAAAGAAUUCAAGAUGUGAGCAUGCAGUUAAAAAGUCAACAAAAUGAAUUUCAGAGAAUACAGAAAGAAUUGAAUCAUUUGCAACAUGAAUUAAAAAUAAAGCAGAGACAAUCACAAGUAUUCAGUCAAAGAUUGGUGGAGUACAAAUAUUUCUGGAAUAAGACUCUUUCAUUACUUACUUUUACUAAAAGGGAGCUAACCAGUAUUAAAAAUGAAGUAUAUGAUAAUUUUCAAAACUGGACUUCACUGAAAGGAGAAGUUUUUCUACAAAUUAAAUCCAUAAGUGAAACAGCCUUUACAGAAAUAGAGAUACUAAAGAAAAGUUUGACAGUGUCCCAGAGAAAUAAGAUAUGCCUUGAAGAGGAAAUGAAAAAUCUGAAAUUAUUGUCAGAUGCAGCCAUAUUGAGGUCUCAGCAGAUUCAGGCAUCCAAACAACAGGAAGUAAACUUGCAAACCAGAUGCCAUGACUUGCAAAAAGAAGUACUAGAUUUACAAGGUCAAGUAGAGGCCCUUGGGCUAAACCUUCAGAAGGCAGUGACCAAGAUUGACAACUAUAAAGAAAAGCUCAUGAAUAAAUCUAAUGAAGCUGCUGACUGUCAAAGAGAACUUAGAAAACUGAAGUUUGAAUCCAUUAUUUCUGAAUCAAGGCAUACCAGAUUGCUUAAAGAGAAAGAGGAUUCUUUAAUGGCUUGUCAACAAAUAUAUAAAACUUUACAGGAAGAACUGACUGCAAAAGAAAGACAAGAAGAAGACAUGAAAAAAAGAAUUAACCUUGCAGAAAAUGAACUACAGAUAACCAAAACUCUUCUGACUCAGACAAAGGAAGAGGUUGUAACACUGAAAAAUGAAAGGGAACUAAUGCUGAUUUCACAUCAGAAAAGCAUUGAACAGCUGCAGGAAACCCUUAGACAGAAGCUGCUGAAUGAUGAUAACUGGAGAGAGAAGAUUGAAGCUGAGCUGGCCAAGGAAAGAGCCCGACACUUAGUUGAAUUUGAGGAGCAAGCUCUGCUUUUUAAGGAAGAAGCUAAACUGGAACUUGAUAUUGAAAAGGAAAAACACCAAGAAAUAAUCCAAAAGUAUAAGAAAGAACACGAGGAACUACAAACAAAGAUAUCAGACUUAAUCACAGGUGCUACCAGAGAGCUAAGGCUGGAAGUGGCCACCCUUGAAGAAAAACUCCGUGAAUCUUGUAUCCGCUACACUGAAGAUUCUGAGUCAAAGGAGAAGGAAAUCAAAAACCUGAAAAAUGUGGUUGCAGAAUUUGAAUCCCGCUUGAAGAAGGAAAUUGCUAGUAAUGAUUCUGUUUCGGAGGACUUGAGGAAGGAAAUGCAGCAGAAGUCAGAUGAGCUAGAAAGAGUAAUGCUGGCACAAACACAACUGAUACAGCAGUUUAACGAGUCCCAGGAACAGAACACUUUUCUUCAGGAAACAGUGAGGAGGGAGUGCGAAGAACGCUUUGAACUGACAGAGGCUUUGAGUCAAGCCAGAGAACAGCUCCUGGAGUUCAGGAAACUCAGUGGAAGUUCACCUCUAUCACCGUGUUCCCUUAGCCCGGGCAGCCUAACCUCCUCUGCUGUAGUGGUCAGUAAUCAGGGAGAGAGGAGCCUUACAAGACCGAACUUUGGAAAAGGAAUCAAAAUCCCCAGCCUGCACAGAGUGUCAAAACCUGCCGCUUCCCCAACCUCGCCUCAGUCCAAGAGGCUCAGCGGCUCAGGUUUGCCCACUAUCCCCCAACCCCAUCCUCCUCCCAGGGGUCGAGCAUCUUCAGUAAAUGAGACCAGACAAAGGCUGGCCACCAUUCUGCGGAGGAGACUGAGUCAGCAGGGAUCGGUCCAGUCAGGAGCAGCUCCCCCCAGCACACCUGGUCUUCCCCAGUGGGCCAGAGAUGCACGGUGA